AAAACUAUUUCACUGGUCGCACGUUUCAUCAGCCGGUAAACAGGGCUAGAACCUUUCCGGAUAAGUAUUGCAGACGAAUAGUUGACACAACAACCAAGUCGAUCAUGCCGACGAUAUCGGUCCAGAGAGAGGAGCUCUUCAAAGCGCUUGGGAGAACGUACACUGAUGAGGAGUUUGAUGAGCUUUGUUUUGAAUUUGGUAUCGAACUUGAUGAAGUGACAAGUGAGAAGGAGCAGAUUGAACGAGAGCAAGGGAAGGAGAAGGCGUCUGGAGCAUCGGAUGCGGUGGAGUACAAAGUGGAGGUGCCCGCUAACAGAUAUGACUUGCUGUGUCUUGAGGGGCUAGUUCGGGGACUACAGGUGUUCCUGGAGAAGAUGAAAGCCCCCCGAUACAAGGCAGUGGCUCCCUCUAGCGGCUCGAUGCAGCAGCUGAUUAUAUUACCUGAUACUGCUAAAAUUCGACCAUAUGCUGUGGCAGCCACUCUGAGAAACAUUAAAUUCACACCAGAGAGGUACAGAAACUUCAUCGACCUCCAGGAGAAACUUCAUCAAAACCUAUGCAGGAGAAGAACUCUGGUUGCUAUAGGAACACAUGACCUUGACACUAUCCAGGGACCCUUCACCUACAAUGCCAAACCUCCAUCAGAGAUCAAGUUCCGGAUCCUGAACCAGGAAAAGGAAAUGACAGCCCCAGAAAUAAUGGAAACAUUAUCGGCUGACAGUCACUUGAAGGGUUAUCUCCCCAUCAUCCGAGACUCUCCUGUCUACCCCAUCAUCUACGACCAAAACAACGUAGUGCUCUCCAUGCCCCCUAUCAUCAAUGGUUUCCACACAAGGAUUACCCUGGACACGCGGAAUGUGUUCAUCGAGGCAACGGCUACCGAUCUGUACAAGGCGCAGGUCACGCUGGACACGCUGGUCACCAUGUUCAGUGAAUACUGUGCAGAACCCUUCACAGUUGAAAGUGCAGAAGUUGUGAAUCCAGAUGGUUCUAAGGUCCAGUAUCCGUUGUUGACAUAUCGUAAGGAUACAAUUGAUGUCGAGGAAACGAAUAAACGGGUCGGAAUAAAGCUUGAAGCAGAGAAAAUGGCGAGACUGUUGACGAAGAUGUGCCUGGAAAGUGAGGUUGUGGACCAUGGCAAGUCCACGGUCGAGAUCCCUCCCACGAGGAGUGAUGUGAUUCAUGCCUGUGACAUCUACGAGGACGUGGCUAUAGCAUACGGCUUCGGCAACGUGCAGAUGACCGUUCCUGACUGCAACACCAUUGGACAUCAAUACCCUAUCAACAAGUUGACGGACCAGCUCCGGUAUGAGGUCGCUUCCACAGGGUUCACGGAGGCGCUCACUUUCGCUUUGUGUUCCCGGGAUGAUUUGUCAGAGAAGAUGUGUCGGAAGAUUGAAGAUGUCCCUGCUGUGCACAUCGCGAACCCCAAGACACUUGAGUUCCAGGUUGCCAGGACAACUCUUCUUCCUGGUAUUCUGAAGACAGUUUACUACAACAAAAAUAUGCCGUUGCCUCUCCGACUGUUUGAGAUCUCAGAUGUAGUUCUCAAGGACUCACAAACAGAUGUUGGUGCUAGGAACGAGAGACGCCUCUGUGCUGUCAACUACAACAAGACUGCAGGAUUUGAGGUCAUCCAUGGACUCCUGGACAGAGUGAUGCAACUGCUGGAGGUUCCAAGAGAUGCCAAGACUGGCUACCACAUCACUGAGGCUCAAGAUCCUUCAUAUUUCCCUGGAAGAUGUGCAGAGAUUCUUGUGAACGGCAAGUCAGUUGGAAAGUUUGGAGUGCUUCACCCAGAUGUUAUCACCAAGUUUGAACUGAACUUGCCUUGUGCAGUGCUAGACCUGAACAUCAUGCCAUUCCUCUGAUAGACAUUAUGUUGUAGAUGCAGUCAAGAUCAGUUUAAAAUCACGAUUUCUAUAUAAUAAAAAAAAAUCACUUUCUUCACAACUGAGUAACUAAGCUAACUAAUGGCCUCAUGGUGGCCACAGUUUAUAAUGUGCAUUACUUUUGGGAUCUCUCAUGAAGUUCCACUGCCAUCAGGGACCUUUCUGACUGUGACAUGCUUAUCUCAUUAAUGUCAGAUCCUUUACUCAGACACCAUUUUGUGUGAAAAUGACUUCAUCGUCACAGGAGGUCACAUCCGGUAAAUUCUCGAAAAUUCAGCAUCAAGAUUUCGGCGUAUUUUGUACAAGUGAGCAAAUCAUUUAGAAAGAAUAUCUGAUCAUGAUGAUAAAGAUGAGCUUAAAGAGUCUUUACUGAAUGUACAUGAUAUAGCCUUUGUCACAGAUAAUUUUGUUUGUUUCUGACGACAUGGGAAUCUACAUCUGAAGGAUGUUGGUCCAGCAUUGGUUAACUUUUGUUCAAGCUGAAAAUUCUGAAAAAGGAUGGUUAAGAAAUUAAAGAAAAUCAAUUUUGAAAACAGUCAUACUAUUUAUUGGUUUAAGAAGUACAUUUACAUAGGGUGGUCAGUGUGGAACAGGUGGGGUAGCCUAGUGGUUAAAUCGUUCACUUGUCACACCGAAGACCCGGGUUCAAUUUCCCACAUGGGCACAUUGUGUGAAGCCCAUUUCAGGUGUCCCCUGCCGUGAUAUUGCUGGAAUAUUGCUAAAGCGGCGUAAAACUAAAACUCACUCACUCAGUGUGGCCAAGGGUCACCUGAAGCAGCUUCAGAUGUAAUCACAGAGAUUUUACGUCCUCUGAAGCAUUUUACAGGGUAAAAGAUUGAGAUCAUGGGUGUCACUGUUAAGACCAUUUGUAGUCCAAUUAUGACAAUCUGUUUCAAAAACAGUUGAAUGUGAAGCUGACAUUAUUUCCAGUCAAGCUUAAGGUUAACAUGAGGAGAUCUAUUAGCAAAACAAAGACAUUUAAGCAGAUCUGAGCGUCAGACAAUUGUCUAAAGUUGCAGACCGCUUUGGUUAAGUCAAUCUGUCAUGAUCUUUCUUGCACUUUGGUGACUACAAGGUUUCAUGGAUGUACUGGAUGGAUGCUACUAGUCAUGUGACCUCAUCGUGAAGUCAGGCUUUAUACAUUCGUCGCAGGACUAACAACAAAAGUUAUCUUCGACACCUGGACAAGCUUGCAGUUGAUCCUGCAAUGGUAGCUCACACUAUAAAGGAUUCUCUUCAGUUGAUUUCAGGUUUUAAGAGCUGCACAGAAGCUAUGCUUGUCACACAAGGAGGCAAAAUAAAUCAGUGCUCAAACUUUGUGACUUGGUUAAUUGUUUGUCAUCAUACCAACACAGUAGAACAGUGCUCAUUCUAUCGACCACUAGUCUGUCAGUACUUGAUUGUCUGCUGGACUCUGAAAUAUAGCUGCAAUAUUGUUGUCCGUGGCUCUGUGCAGAGAGACAACCAACAAUGAGGCACAUAUUCAACUUAGAAUGCAUAUUGUGCCGCAAGAAACUUAUCAGCUUUUCAUUCAAAUAUUUCACAAACAUGGGUGGGAGGCAUUAAAUUCUUUAGGUAUAUGUUGUUAAUUUCAUCCAAUGAAUAAAGGAGAACACACAUAGUGAUUAUCUGUAGAUACUUGAGCAUAAACAAAUAAGGUUAGGCCACCUCAGAAUACAAGACGACUCCACAGGCAGUGUGGAUUCAAUGCUUCUUUCGCGCCAACUUCACUUAUGUUGUCUUAAGGCGCGGUGGGGUAGCCUAGUGGUUAAAGCGUUGGCUCGCCAUGCCGAAGACCCGGGUUCGAAUCCCCACAUGGGUACAUUGUGUGAAGCCCAUUUCUGGUGUCCCCCGCCAUGAUGUUGCUGGAAUAUUGCUAAAAGCGGCGUAAAACCAAACUCAGUCAGUCAGUAUGUUGUCUUAAUUUACAUGGUACUUACGUACCACGGUAGUUUGACUAUUGUUUGAAAAUAUGGAUGAAACUGAACAGCUUUUAGGUUUUCAGGAUAUAUAUUACUACAAUUAUGGUCCAAUAAUCAAAAAGAAAACUGGUCAACUCACCAAUCCAGAAGAAAUAAAAUUAAAAGGUCAAAUCCCUCGUUAUAAUAUAUCCUGAAACUGAAGUCCAAAUUUAAAAUGAAUAUCCCAAUUUUAUAAGGAUGUUUGAUGCACCUCUCAGAAACUUGAGGGUCCUAUUUGAUGCAUGGUGAUAGGUGUGUCAUUACAGCCCUAUAUCACUAUCUACAUGAAGAUACGGACAGUAAAUGUACAAAAAUUUCAGGACAUGGCUAUUUGUGAUUCUCAUUGUCUCUUUGUCCAUGCCAGCAUGAACUCAAUGGAUUACAACUGUGCCUAGUUUCUCACUAAGUUAUUCGUGCUAUGUGUCCUCGUUCUUUUUGCGUCGAUAUGGCUGAGAUAUUGGCGAUGUGACGUUAAAUAUUAACUCACUCACUCACUCUUUUUGCGUUUGUAGGGCACAUAAUAUAGAAGGCGAUCUCUGGGACCAUGAUUCGGUACUAGCAUUUCAGGGUCAGAUCAUCCUAUGCUUCAUUUUGUGUCAUAUUGUCCAGAAGGAUGAAGGAUGAAAUAAUUGAUUCUCAGGCAAUGAAACAUUUGAUUUAUUUCAAGAUUGUGCUGUUUGGUGGUUGAUAUUUUAUUUGUUUUGGGUAUCCAAUAUCAACAUCAUAGGAUAAGAACUGAAGCUUACGUUCAAGAUGUUAUAUCUCCCUCCAUUUGUUGGUAAAAAAUAUUUGAUAUGUCAUUUUGUUUUGUCUUUUCCAGCUACAGUUGUGUUUUCACCAACAUAUCCUGCUUAUUUAAAUGUUUGUCUCAGAUUCUCCAAGGGCCAUAAAUUAUGUCAUGUAAACACUGUCAAAGUUUUGUAAUGGGGGCUCAAUGGCACGACAUAUUUUCCUAUGCUGCGAUCAUGUCUAUAAUUUAAUGACACAUGUAAUGGGUAUGAUAUGAAAUACAAAUAAAUAAAAUGAAACAAU